ACCAGAUGGCGAAAGAGGGGUCUAGAAUCUCCACUCAUAGAGAUUGAACGACAUCACAUCAGAUGCCGCCACGACGUGGAGAGAGCCAGGAGAAACGUCUCAUCUUCGUCGGAGGCCCGGCGCUGGUAGACAGGUCAGGGCCGAUUCGGUCCAGCCUUCUUCAGCAAGCACAUCGCCAAAGGAAAUCCCAGCAGAGGCAGAAUGCGGCAACAGAGCGAGAACUUCUCCUUAGGCAGAGGAGGGAUAUAUGUGCAUGCAGCGACAAAGCCUCACUUCCUACAUUGCCAACCCUGGGAGUCUCGGGCGAUACACGUUAUCAGCCUAUUAGGCCAAAGGGGUACGCGACCCCUGACACAGGACAAGGCCUUUUGUGUUCUGUCAGCGGGAAACCCUCAGCUUCGCCAGGCCAAAUUGUCCCCUUGCAAGCAUGGGAUGUAGGGGCGGGGGCUUUCGAUCCAAUGAUUCCACUGGACGAGACUACCUCUCAAUUGAAAGUCCAGGAGAUUCUGCAUUUUGCAUGCACUUCUAUCUGGCCAAACUUCCGCCCCAUGACCUAUGCGUCCAAAUGCUAUCAAUCCUGGGUAUUCCCAUGUGACAACAAAGUACGCCUGUACGCGGUUCUAUGGGCAGCUUCCUACCAUCGCUCCGUCCUCAACGUGACCUAUGGCGGUCCGACCUACCAAGCUGAAUCAAAAGAGCAACUCAUUUUGAAAGGGUUGACUCUGAAAUCCCUGCGGAAUGAAGUUGAAGCAUUUACCGGAUCAAAACCUCUCGAUAGUAUUAUCAUGUGUAUCCUCUACUUGGCGGUUAACGAAACAACCGAUGCACGGAUAUAUCGCGACCCCAGUCCUUUCAACCCUCCAUUUACCUACCUCCACGCCCUGGAUAUUUAUGGCAGUCGAGAUUACCACCCAAUUCAUUGGACAAUUAUACAAAAUCUACUUGCUCGACAUGGUGGAGUGGAAGCUCUUCAAGAUCAUGCGCUUGCUUGGCUUCUUUCAUUAUCUGACAUCAUGGGUGCUCUAAACACGCUGCAGAGGCCAAUAUAUCCCUGUCUGGAUAUCCAUGGGAAGAGAAUGGUCUUGGAAUCUCCUCUGAUUCUGUUUAGACCUUAUGCCUCGCAUUUUGCUCUGGAAAGCGCCGGAUCUGGUUUCGAAGAACUACUUUCUAUAAACCCCCCUGUGCAUCGGGGAAUUGUGGCAGCUUUUUCACAGAUCGGAGAGCUAUCGCGUGUGCUACAAUACUACACGAUGGAGCCAUUUAGUCCAGAGGUCCUUGACCUUCUCGGUGAUUGUCGAAACUAUGUUCACCACAACUUGUUCUCUUCACCCGACACUAGCUCCGCUGCGGAGGAAAUUUUGCAACUUUCUGACCAAGGACCCGACGCAAUCGCGUUGUCGCGAGAGAUCUAUCUGACUUGCCGGCUUGCAUUGUUCCUAUAUGCAACGCAUGUUACCUUCCCACUUCCAAGGUCGGCUACUAUCAGAAGACAGCUUCUACAGCAAUUGUGUAACAAAAUUGAGUUUCUGGCAGAGAGAAGCACAGCUAGACGGUUGCUACUAUGGUGUGUUAGUGUUGUCCUUGUCGCCUCGGACAUAGAGCCAGAGAAGGCGAUAGUCGAUCUGUUUAAGAUGUUGUGCUAUGAGUUGGAACUCACAGACUUGAACGGUUUGCUGAUGUUACUUCGAGAGUUUGCAUUGGUGGAUAAAGCAAUCGACCACCAUUAUGAGAGGUUGGAUGUUAUAUUAACCAUGGAUCAAUAAAAUAUACUGUAGCUUUACUAUACCAUUAAUAUUUAAUGCC